GUUCAUCAUCACUUCUUUACUACUUAAUCACAACUGCUCAGUCACAAUCAGAUAGCAUAUUUUCCUUUUUCCUGGCAGUGUCUGAUGUUGAGAGAAGAUCCAGAUCCCUGCGGACUCAGUACGGGAGGGUGCUGUGGCAUCCGGAGAGGGUCAGCACUGUCCAGCAAAAGAUGCUCAGGGAGAAACUGGAUUUCCUGAAGCCUUACAUCGUCCGCAGGCGAGGCGAAUCCUACCUGGAGGAAAAGCUCGAUGAUCGCGAAGAGGACGACGAGGAGCUGGAGACCGAAGGGAGCGUUGACCAGGAGAUGGGGAGCUCGUUCGGUAGCCCGCUGGAAGCCGAUGUGACUGCACAACAUCUGGACGAAGAACCCCAGUUUGCCUCCCCCAUCCAGACCCCCGCUCCCCUGCCCUGCCCAAACCCACAGCCCCAAGUCACAGACCCGGACCGGCCGGCAAACGCAUCCAAACACGACAUACUGAGCCAGUUUGCAGAGGUGAUGUUGGCGGAUAUGCGUCAGAUUGAAGACCCCGUGGUGCUCAUGAGACUGCGCCGAGACAUCACAGACCUGGUGUUCAAAGCGGUGGAGGAGGACCUGCAGAGGCGGCGCGUUCGGGCGCCCGGGAUGGGGGAGAGCGCGCCGUGGAGGAGCUGCUCCUGGAGGCAGAGGUUGCUGAGGAGGAAGAAAGGGGGUGAGGUCGGAGGGAGGAUGCAGAGAUGGGAGGAGGUGAAGCACGGGAGGAGAACGUGCAGGAGUCAGAGCGUCCAGCAGAGCCGAGCGCUGGAGGGGAUGAGUGAAAACAGCUCUCAGGCUUUUAUUCAGGCUGCUGAGAUCAAAAGAGAAACACACAUGGUCAAGAUUGAGGAGGAGACACUUCCGCAGGCCUGACAGUUUAGAUUUAGAGUUGUGGCCGCUGUUGUUUCCUGAUUCGGUCGGGUUUUUUUAGACUUAAAUUAGUUAUUCAACAGUAAAUAUCAACAAUGUUCUCUAACGUUUUAGCACUGAGUCGCACUUUGAGGAGGAUUUCAAGAUACGGGCCUGUGACCAGAGAUAGAGAGGAAUCUGAAGUACGAGAGCUUCUAACACCUCGAAUCAAAGAGAAGAGACGUUGCUGCCUUUUCAAACAGAAGAUAUCUGGUUUCUAAUGAACAAAUACCUUCAGAAAACAGUUCAUAGGGUCUGUAAGUGUUGAAGUAACAACCUUUGGAUGUCUUUCACUCACAGCUUUACAAAUAACUAAAGUCACGAGCUGUUCCGAGGUGACGUUUAAUGGAUGUCCUGAUGUUCUGCUACCAUUAAAGUCGUCCCCUCUU